AUGGCGAAUGCAAAAGGAACGCCAAACUUUAGGAACCCUGGGAGCUCUGGAAAGCAGUCGUUUCUACCUCCGAAGAGCCCCUAUCCAACGAUACCCCCAUCUUAUGCUGAUUAUGGAGCUAGUAGCCACAGUGUAGGUUCUAAGGGCAUGCUGAAACCAAGAGAGGGGCAUAGACACCACCAACGGACUACCUCAGAGAGCUUCCUUAUCGAUGAGCAGCCGUCCUGGCUUGAUGAUCUUCUUAAUGAGCCAGACACACCUGUGAAGAGAGGAGGUCACCGGCGCUCAUCUAGUGACUCUUUUGCAUACUUGGAUGUGGGGAGUGCUUAUUCACAUGUAGAUACUUUAGCUCCUGAGGUUUAUAAUAAGCACAGGCCACUAACUUCAGCGCCUUCUUGGGGAUCUGAGGAUUUUGAUAGCAUGAACGACAUGCAGCAUGGUUUGUAUUACCCGGAGGCAAGUUCAUUCUUGAGCUCUCAGAAUAGAGUAUGGGAUUCUGUGUUGAAUACCGUGAACCACCCGACCAACCAUCCAUCACCGAGGGACAGGAGUUUACAUCAGGGACCAUCAUGUGCUGUUAAAGAACCUGAUACACUGACACAGAAUGCAAGUGAUAAGCAGAGCCAGGUUGAUUCUUCUUCCGAGGUGAAAUGUUCAUUAGAUAGGAAAGAAGUCUCCCAAGCUAAAAAUUUACAAGCGGAGGUGGAUCCUAAGAGAGUGAAACAGCAAUUCGCUCAGCGAUCUCGGGUCCGGAAGCUCCAGUACAUUGCUGAACUGGAGAGACAUGUUCAAGCAUUGCAGGCAGAAAGAUCAGAAGUUUCAGCUGAACUGGAUUUUCUGGAUCAGCAGAACCUUAUAUUGAACUUAGAGAAUAAAACCUUGAAGCAAAGGUUGGACAGUCUGCAACAGGAACAGCUCAUAAAAUGCUUCCAGCAUGAGAUGUUAGAGCGAGAGGUUGCUCGUUUGCGAUCAUUGUACCUUCAGCAGCAACAACCACAACAGCCACCUUUGACUCAUGUUCGCAAUAACAGCAGAGACCUUGACUCCCAAUUCGCCAAUCUUUCUUUGAAACACAAGGAAGCAAAUUCCAGUAGAGAUUCAUCCACCGGUCCGCUCCGUAUUUAAGACAUAACUUUAUGUUGCUCCUCAGCAAUUCUUACAAUUCUCACUGCAAGCAGUAAGCUGGGUCCCUUCAAAAAUCAUGCCCAAGGUUAUGGAAGGUGAAUAAUAUUAGAACCUGGCCUUAUUCCUUUUCACUUGUUAUGCUAUGUGCACCUGGCAGUCGAUCAUCGCCAGCUUAACGUCGUCAUUUGAUGAUCAACUCGUCUGGGGUGUUAGGUUUUUUUUUUCUUCUUUAUUGUGUUGUAGCUUGAUGGUUACUUAUUUCACCCUCUAUUUACUUUGUAUUAUCAUGACUUUUCUCGCCUGCUCUCACUGGUAAACUCUUCAUACCAAGUCAUUUGAUAUAAAAGAUGUAUCAUUUUUAUGGCACAGUAGUUAUUGGGAUGCAAUGCAUUGCUAUGACAGUCAUUCAAGGAAAUUAUUUAUUUUUAUGUA